UCCACGUUUUAUUAACCCGGAGGUUUCUUAUGAAAAUAAAUAUAGGUAUUUUAACUUGGAGGGUCUUCAAUUUAACAAGAAUGAAUUGUUUGGAUUAUUUAACGCAUUUAGAUGCGGGAACUAGUGGACAGGGGCAACAUGAACAAUGGCAACUGGUGCAAUAUGGACAGGGUCAGCAUCAAAGUGAAGGUUCAGGAUUGCAACAACCCGUGGAACUUGAUGUUUGAAU